GUAGUCCGGCAAAGCUAGUGGUGAAGGGACCAUCGCCAGCAACACAGCAUUGCAGGCUGUAUUGAUUAUACAUCGCCUCCAACAAGCUUUUUCAAUCAUCGAUUUUCUUUUCUUGAUUUCUUUGUUUUAACGUUCAAUCAUCAUCGGCUUCCCCGCCUCAACAGAAACCCUAACUCCUUCAAACCUGGUUCAUAUUCGUUGAUUCAGCCAGCCGUACAGAUUCUGUAGUCAAAUCCAAUUGUUUGGGAUCAUAUUACUGGAAAUCAUAAUGAAAGAGAGAAAAUCGGCCAAGGAUAAUCAGCACCCGCAGCAUCACUACCACCAGAAUGGUCACUUGUCUCCAUUUAAGCUCGCCAAGUUGUUCGAUCCUGACGCUUCGUGGGACAAGGAUCAAUUGGGUGAUGUAUUGCAUUGGACUAGACAAGUUAUGGCUCUUGUUUGUGGGUUGAUUUGGGGAGCAAUUCCUUUAGUUGGUGGCUUCUGGUUUAUGUUGUUUCUUGUGUUAUCGUCUGGGAUUAUCUACGGUUAUUACGCACUGGUACUGAAAAUUGAUGAAGAAGAUUUCGGUGGUCACGGAGCUCUCCUGCAAGAAGGGCUUUUUGCUUCUAUAACACUAUUUGUGCUAGCGUGGACUCUGGUAUACAGUCUAUCACAUUUCUGAUCCUACUCGGCCUGGUUGUCGAGUCAUUGCUUUACCCGAGGAAGAAAAAGGCUAACUUUGUUUAGCAGAAGAAUUAAGGUUUGGUUUAGCAGAACACCUGAGUUGUGCAAUAUUAUUUUUGUACUUUGGGUUUAAACAAACUAGUGUUAGCUUCAAGUUCAUCAUAGUUUCUUUUGCAGUAGGGACCUUUUCUUUUCCGAACGUUGUUUUUUGCAAUAUUUGGCGUUGGAUUAGUUGUUCCGUUGGUCUUUUUACACACAAAAUAAUUGUGUAUAAAAAGUGGAGUGUUACACAGAAGAUGAAUAAGAGGUCUGAAUUUUAUUUAAAAAAAUUCAACAUUUGACACAAUUAUGUUAUUUGUAGGAUAAAUUUUACGAGAAUUU